GAUACAUGUGGACAGCGCCUUCCCAAGACUCCUCCGCGGUGCUGAGAGGCGAACAGGAGCAGGAAGAAAGCAGUCCAGCAUACACUCCCCACCAUCAUGGCACCUAUCGGAUUAAAGGCGGUGGUCGGCGAAAAGAUUAUGAAUGAUGUCAUCAAGAAGGUGAAGAAGAAGGGAGAAUGGAAGGCCCUGAUUGUGGACCAGCUGAGUAUGAGGAUGCUGUCUUCUUGCUGCAAGAUGACAGACAUCAUGACAGAGGGCAUCACCAUUGUGGAAGACAUCAACAAGCGACGAGAGCCUCUUCCCACCUUGGAGGCCAUUUUCCUGAUUACACCAACAGAGAAGUCUGUCCACACCCUCAUUGGAGACUUCAAAGACCCUCACUCAGCAAAAUACAAAGCAGCCCAUGUUUUCUUCACUGACUCCUGUCCUGAUCCUCUGUUCAAUGAGCUGGUAAAGAGCCGUGCUUCCAAAACCAUCAAGACUCUGACGGAGAUCAAUAUCGCUUUCUUGCCCUAUGAGUCUCAGGUGUACUCUCUGGACAAUCCUGAUGCCUUCCACAGUUUCUACAGCCCCCAUAAGACACAGCUGAAGAACCCUGUGAUGGAGAGGCUGGCCGAGCAACUGGCCACGCUGUGUGCCACCCUGAAGGAGUACCCGGCUGUCAGAUACAGAGGGGAGUACAAAGACAAUGCGACUCUGGCUCAACUGGUUCAGGACAAACUCGACGCCUACAAGGCUGACGAUCCCACCAUGGGAGAGGGUCCAGAUAAGGCUCGCUCACAGCUGAUCAUCUUGGACAGGGCCUUCGACCCCGUCUCACCUGUCCUGCAUGAGCUCACCUUCCAGGCAAUGGGCUACGACCUGUUGCCCAUUGAGAAUGAUGUUUACAAGUAUGACACCAGUGGCAUGGGGGACUCUCGUGAGAAAGAGGUGCUGCUGCAUGAAGACGAUGACCUCUGGGUGAGCCUGAGACACAAACACAUCGCAGAGGUGUCCCAGGAAGUGACACGUCAGCUGAAGGAGUUUUCUGCAAGCAAGAGAAUGAACACCGGAGAGAAGACCACAAUGAGGGAUCUGUCCCAGAUGUUGAAGAAGAUGCCUCAGUAUCAGAAGGAGCUCAGCAAGUACUCCACUCACCUGCAGCUUGCUGAAGACUGCAUGAAGCAUUACCAGGGGACAGUGGACAAGCUGUGUCGCGUAGAACAGGAUCUUGCAAUGGGCACGGAUGCUGAGGGUGAGAAGAUUAAAGAUCCCAUGAGGGCCAUUGUGCCCAUCCUGCUGGAUGCCAACGUCAGCACACAUGACAAGAUCCGCAUCAUCCUGCUCUACAUCUUCCUCAAGAACGGCAUAACAGAGGAGAACCUAAACAAGUUGAUCCAACAUGCUCAGAUCCCUCCGGAAGACAGCGAGAUCAUCACUAACAUGGCUCAUCUGGGGGUUCCCAUUGUAACAGAUUCAACCCUGCGCCGAGGAAAGAAAAUGGACAGGAAGGAGCGAGUGAGCGAGCAGACCUAUCAACUGUCCCGCUGGACACCAUUGGUCAAGGAUAUCAUGGAGGAUGCCAUUGAUGAUAAGCUGGACACCAAGCACUACCCUUACAUCUCCACCCGCUCUUCAGCCUCUUUCAGCACCACCGCUGUCAGUGCUCGGUAUGGACACUGGCACAAGAACAAGACACCCGGAGAGUACCGCACAGGCCCGCGUGUCAUGGUCUUUGUCAUUGGCGGGGUGUCCUUCAGCGAGAUGCGCUGCGCGUAUGAGGUCACGCAGGCCAAUGGGAAGUGGGAAGCCAUCAUUGGUUCCACCAACUUGCUCACCCCCACCAAAUUCUUAUCGGACCUGCAGCACCCCGACUUCCGAGAGUCCACUAGGGUGUCCUUUGAGGACGCAGAGGCCUCAGACGAGUGAGGCAGAGACAGAGUGGGAGGGAGGGAGAGAGAAAUCACACAGAAAAAAGAUCCACCAACAUUUUCACCCCCACCAGCCUGCUGGAGCAGCUGAAGACCAUGAACAAACCAGACGAAGAAGUGACAAGUUAAAAAAAAACACAAAAAAAACUCAACUUCAAUGAGUCACAUCUCUCUCCUCCUUUUACGUCGUUUAUUUAUUGUGUGUGUGCAUCUUGCUCGAGAAUAAGUUGGGGGGUAAAAAAAAAAAAAAAAAAAAGACAAGAAAAAAAAUAUAUAUGUUCAAACUAAAAGUAUUCUCAUCUUUUUUGCAAAUGGAUGCAACGAAUAUUGAAAUAUCCCAAACCAGACGGCCAUGUAAGAUGGAUCAUACCAAAAUAUGAAAGUGUAUGCUGUAAAACCCUCCGGGAAUAUUGUCAAAGGCAGGUGGAGAAUUGAAAUGUUGUAAAA